GUGGAUUGGAAUUCUUGCUCUUUAUGCGGUUCACAAGGGGCGGUUUAACUGUCCCGGGGGAGGAUUACUGCACAGCUACUUGCUUGUCCUCCUCGUUCUCCUGGCUGCUAUAAUAUGUGCGUUAUCUGCUCUUGUGUACAUCAGUAUGCAAGGAACAAUUUCUAAUCCAGGCCCAAGAAAAUCACUUCCCAAGCUACUUUAUACUCGCCUACUUCUCUAUUUUCCUGAAUUCAUCUGGGCUGUUGUAGGAGCUGUAUGGGUAUCAGACAGCAGUGUGCACUGUGAGAAGACUGUGAUAAAUGCCGUCAUGGGGACAGUUAUUGCAAGCUGGGUUAUCAUCAUCUUUACCAUCAUUGGAGUUGUAAUCGUCUUUGAUCCGCUUGGGGGGAAAAAGACAUUUUACCUCACCAAUAGUGUCAGUCGGAACCUGGAGAGCAGUCAGUCAGGACAGUUGCUGUAUAACGUGAAGAACACUGCCACCAGGGUCUGGGAAAAAAGAAUCAGGUUACUGUGCUGCUGCAUUGUGCAAGAUGAUGACCAUCGAGUGGCUUUUACAAGUAUCGCAGAGCUCUUCCGCACCUACUUUUCAGACACUGAUCUGGUGCCAAGUGACAUAGCAGCUGGUUUGACUCUGCUCCAUCAAGAGCAAGAUAAAAUGGAAAGUUGCCCAAAAGAGCCUGAAGAAGUCUUGUGUCAUUCUCCAUCAUCUCUUGUGACAGAUGAUCUGGAUAUUGAGUUGGAGAACGCUGCUCACUAUAUGCUGUUUGCUGCAGCUGCUUAUGGUUGGCCCUACUACGUCUACACCAACCCAUUUACUGCACUCUGUAAGCUCAAUGGUGACUGUUGCAGAAAUAGACCAACAGAUUCUGAUAUAACUGGCAGUGAUCGUCAUAACUUUCACUUUGGAUCCAUCCUAAGAAUAACAGGACUGCAGUACAGAGACUUCAUUCAUAUCAGUUUUCAUAACAAGAUCUAUGAGAUCCCAUUUUUUGUUGCUUUGGAUCACAAAAAAGAAGCUAUUGUGGUUGCAGUGAGAGGAACCUUGUCCUUUGAGGACAUUCUCACUGAUCUGUCAGCAGAUUGUGAAGACUUGACACUGGAGGAUGUUCUAGAGAACGGCUUUGUGCAUAAGGGAAUAACUCAAGCUGCAAACUACAUCUAUCAGAAGCUAAUAAAUGAUGGAAUUUUAAACCAGGCUUUCACAAUUGCUCCAGAAUAUAAACUUGUGAUAGUUGGUCACAGUUUGGGUGGUGGAACAGCUUCUAUACUGGCGAUCAUUUUCCCAACAUUAAGGUGUUAUGCCUUUUCUCCCCCAGGAGGACUGUUAAGCAAAUCACUUGCAGAUUACACGAAGCACUUCAUUGUUUCAGUGAUUGUUGGAAAGGACCUUGUGGCAAGGUUAAGUAUGCCCAACAUGGAGGAUUUAAAGAGGAGAAUAGUGAGAAUUGUGGCAAACUGCAACAGACCCAAGUACCAGAUCUUGCUGCGGGGGUGUUGGUACGAAGUAUUUGGAGGAGAUCCGGAUAACUUCCCAACGGAGCUGGAUGGUAGAAACCAAGAUGCCCUCACCCAGCCACUUCUGGCUGAGGAGAGCUUAAUGGUUCAUCGCUCACCGUCAUACAACACCCUCGAGGAUGAAUCACACCUCAAUUCACCACCUCAGUAUCCUCGUCUGUAUCUCCCUGGCAAGAUUAUCCAUAUUGUAGAAGAAUCCAGCUCUAGGACGUGGUGCUCUUCAGAUACUAAAUACACGGCAAGAUGGUCAAAUGAAACAGUCUUCAGCAGCAUUUUAAUAAGUCCCAAGAUGAUAACAGACCACAUGCCAGACGUUGUGCUCAAAGCGCUGAACAGUUUGUCUCAGGAUCACAGAUCAUGUAUUUCUUGUCAGACACGAGAAUGUAACACCAAUGUGGUGUAGCCAUAGCUCACCGAGGUGAG